AAUUGCACUUAUAUUAAUAAAAAAUAACGAUUAUGGACUCGAAAUCGGGCUUUUUGAGUUACUGUGGGCAAGAGUGUACAAAAAUUCCAUCAGGAUUUUGCAGAAUGUACGGUGAAACUACGCGAUAUUUAGAUUUAAGUUACAACAACUUGGAGACAUUAAAAGGAUUGGAGAACUUUCCUAAACUGGAAGAACUUAUUUUAGACAAUAAUAACUUAGGUGACAACAUUACAUUCCCUUCCUUGCCUCGUCUGAAAACUCUUUCACUUAAUAAUAAUGAGAUUACAGACUUAGAAAGCCUCAUUAGUAAGUUACAAGACAAGUAUCCAGCACUUACAUACCUAAGUUUGUUGGGUAACAAAGCUUGUCCUGAUCAACUGUCAGACUUAGAAAAAGAUGCAUCAGAUUAUCAGAGAUACAGAUACUUUGUCCUGUACAAUUUGAAGCAGCUGCGAUUUUUGGACUCUCGGUGUGUGAAGCUGUCGGAGCAUGUGGAGGCGAACUCGCGAGGCGCAUUCAUGAGCGUGCGUCGGCCGCGUGUGGAGGAGCAGCAUCAUGAGCCCAGGCCCUCCGCCAGACCUUUGCCCGUCGACUUCGCCUCCUUGGGCAAACAUAAAGGUGCCUAUGGAAAAUGCAACUACAAAUACACAGGGAAACAUUCGGAAGGAAAUCGAUUUAUCCUCAACAGUGAUUUGUGAUACGACGGUUAGUGACCGUUUCAGGUUAAUUUUGUACAUAUUAUAUCAAUAAACAUUUAUAUUAUAGGAAAUGAACAAAAAUAAAAAUAAU